AUGGAACGCGGGAAAGGCGUCAGGGAGGAGCUCGGCCCGACAUCCGAAACCCGCCUCCCCACGGGCAUCGGCCGCCACGGCGAAAUCGCGGAGGCGCCUCCCCCUGCGCCCUUCGCGAGCGGCGCGCGCCCUCCGCCGCACCCCUCCGCGGAGGCUCCGCGCGCGGGCGCGGGCGGAGGCCCCCAGAGGCAGCCCACGCCCCCGCUGGGCACGCUUCCGCGGGAAAGGCAGCCAUCCCCGCCCAUCCCCGCGCCCCACCUGCAGCCCCCCGGGCUGGGGCAGCCCGUGCACCCCACUCCGCCCAAGGAGCGCCAGGCGCAGCCCCCGCCCCCCCAGCCGCAGCAGCCCCAGCCGCCGCAGGUGCACCCUCAGGGGCAGCCCCAGCAGCCCCACCCCCAGCUGCAGCCACUGCCACCCCACCUGGCGGCAGUUCGGACGACCCACCCCAUCCACCUCCCGCUCUCCUCUACAGAGGAGCCGCAGCGGCAGGGCGCGUGGGGCCGCGAGGCUGGGGAAGGCGGCACUGGUGCAGCUGCUGCUGCCGCUGCCGCCGGUGCGGCAGAAGGCGCGGUGACGGUGUCGAUAUCGCGGGCGGGCAUGAUGGUGAAGCCUGACAGUGUGUUCCGCCUGCACGUGGGCGUGCGGCCUCUUUCAGGGGAGCUGGACCAUGAAGCCCUCUCUCGCCUGCACUCCUCCAACCAGUGCUACGGGCUGGGCGAGCUGGACCACGAGGCUCUGAGCCGACUCCACUCCUCCAACCAGUGCUAUGGCAUGGGUGAGGCGGGAACCUGGGGGGUAGAGGCCGGAAUUGGCUCUUUACUUGGGCAUGUAUUGGAUGGGUAUGAUGAGAACGGUCUAGCUGUGCUGCUGGCAGGACUCGCCCUCAUCGCCCUCUCCGUGGUGCCUAAUGUCUCACUGCAGCCCCUGCUAGGCGGGCUGCUCAUCGCCAUGGGGCUGGUAACCGGGUUACACGCGCUAGUGCUCUUCACAGCGCCAGGAGCCAUUGCCCUUGUCCUUCUCGCAGCAGUGCACGCAGCCUUUGGCGCCUGGCUGCUGCAAGCCCCAUCGGACCAUUUCCUCCUCAUCGUCUCCCUCUGGCUCGCCGCCCAGGCGCUCUCUAAGCUGGCCCUCGCUGCCCUUUGGAGCCUCGUUUCGUCUUAUGUGGCGCUCGUGGUGACGGCGGUGGUUGGGAUUGGGCUGGCUGGGGUGGCGUAUUUUGGCUUUGAUGCCGACACGCCGAAGUGGGCGCACGGGGUGCUGGUGGGGGGAUACCUCGUGCUGUAUGGAGUCUCGUUCCUGCUCAUCGCAUGCAUGGCGUAUGCUGGUGAGUUGGGGGGGACAUGUGCAGGUGGGAGGGGUGCUGGUGGGAGGAUACCUCGUGCUGGGGUGCUGCUGGUGGGGGGAUACCUCGUGCUGUAUGGGAUUGCCUUCCUGCUCAUUGCCUGCAUGGCGUAUGCUGGUGUGGGCGCAGGGGGUGCUGGUGGGGGGUACCUCGUGCUGUACGGCGUUGCAUUCCUUCUCAUUGCAUGCAUGGCGUAUGCUGGUCGGCGUCUGCUGGAGGACGAGGAGGAGGAGCGUCAGCCCCUGCACCUGGUGGUCGACCCGUUCCACUGA